AUGUUCAGGCCAGAUCUCAGCCCAAUGGCCUCGCAGAAAAAUGAGCCACAGCUGACCAAGUUCCAUUGGGCAGAUGGAACUUUGCAGACCUUGGGCCGCGUGGAUCGGAACACCAUCGAGUGGCAGACAAAUCAUUCGAAUCCUGAGUGGCUACAAGUGCUCUAUUUGCAGGUCAUCUGGGAACGAAAAACACUGGCAGUGCGUCGAGCACAAUGUCCAUUUUUGCUGCAAUUGUGCAGUGCCGCCUCUGAAGUUUCCGUCAGAUAUGUUGUGGAUGUUUUUCCACCUCUCGCCCGAAGUGCUACUGGCGCACAGAACCCCGAUUUCUAUGCGAUGUGCCCACGCUUGGCCUUGGGAGAGCACGGUUUGGGUUUCAGGAAGACUUGUCCGAGAGAUGGUCGACCCAAUUGCAGCCUGCUGGAUGCCCUGGAAGACCAGUACAGUGGCAAGGUGACCCACUUCGUCUCCUGGUGCUGGGGCUACACACUCCAAGACUUUGUGAGCGCAGUCAGUGCCUGGCUACGGAGGUCUCAACUGACUCCUGACGAUGUCUUCCUUUGGGUUUGCUUCUUUUGCAACAACCAGUAUAGGAUCAUGGACGAGGGCACCAAGACUGGAAGUGAUGAGUUGAAAGCUGUCUUCGAAACGCAUUUGGCUGAAGCUGGACAAAUGUUUUUUGAUGGCAAGCAGGCUUCAAUUGCAAUGCGGGGAGCGCGGAUACUUUCUCAUUUUUUGUUCAGCGAAACUUUCGCAAACUCUUAG